AUGAAACGCCUGAAGGCGCAAACCCGGGCGCAACGCUCUUUGCAACAGACCGGCAAGGAUGGCUUGCGGCCAACAUCGCCUCUCCACACAGCCGCAUCAUCUCCAAAUGGUGCGAAGGCCGUCCAGGCGCUCUUGGAGCAUCGUGCGACGGUGACGGCCACGGAGGGUCAUGGUGUCAUGGCUUUGCACCUGGCCUCACGGAAUUCUCAGGUCGUGGAGCUUUUGCUUGAUGCCAAGGCCCCUUUGGCAGCCAAGGACCUCAAUCAGCAGACCGUCCUGCAUUUUGCAGCACGUGCAGGUGCAACUGAAACUUUGGCUUUGCUGCUAAAGCGAUGGAUGGCAGAUGAGAAAAUUACUUCGCAAGGUUCACGGGUCUAUGGAGGUCCAUUGGAUUGGCGAGAUCGAUGGCACCGUACUCCCCUUCAUUGGGCUGUGUUGAACGGACACGUAGCCGCCUCCAAGGCCUUGCUGUCUGCGCGAGCCAAUGCAGAUCCACCGAAGGUUCGUGCAUAUCGUCAUGAACGAAGCACUACUUUGAGGCACGAAAGUCCGCUGGAGAUCGCCUUGCGCUUGGGUGCUGCCGAGAUAGCACAGCUCUUGCAGAGCUCAGCCGGGUAG